ACCACUCAGUGGUAAGGCCACAGUUGUCCAGAAAAGCUGAAAGACUCACGCAGCCCAGCCAGGAGCCGCCAAAUUGUCGUAGAAAUUAGACAACACUCGCAGACCUCUGAAGUCCUCUGAAGCUAGCUACAAAUCUUUUUAGCUGGCAUGGAAAUCGAUGAAGCAACUUUUGUCACCUUGAUCAACCCCAACCAGUUCCCUGCCAAGUUGUGGCGUUUGGUGAACGAUCCUCAGAUUCACUCAAUCUGGUGGGACGCCAGCGGGGAAGGAAUACUUGUCCAUCAGCAAGCCUUCGAAGCUGAAGUGCUAUUGUCCCAACCCAGGCAUUUGUCUGAGUACUUCAGAACGACAGAUUUCGUCAGUUUCAUUCGCCAGCUGAACCUGUACGGUUUCAGAAAAGAACGCAUAGACCGUGACGUCUCAGACAAGCAUCCCAACGUCUCAUCCAUUAAGGCCCAGCUGCACCACUUUCACAACCCGUUCUUCAAACGGGAUAAGCCUGAGCUUCUAGUCAAACUAAAGCGACUCACGCCUCUCAACAAGGCCAAGCUCGCCGGGAGAGAGGUGACCAGCAGGAAAUCAAAACAUUUCCAUCAUAUGAUGCUGAAUUCGCCACAGGAAACCUCUGGCUUAAUGAAAACAGGUUCAGUCUUGCUUGGACAUCAGGGAACCCCUUACCACCUUCCCUGUAAUGGCCCUCAGCAGGAGAAGGACUGCGACAGAACGUCCAAAUCCUCCCAAGCAUUUGUAGUGGGCCAUGGUGAUCCUUCUCCAGUUACAUUAAACAAACACUAA